UUAAAACAUUUACUUACGCUCAGUGAUUCGUGUACUUCGGAUUUCUUACAAGGACAUCAGCACUCCAACUUAGUUUUCUUCGUUAAUCGCAAGAGAAACAACAACAACCACCACCAUGCUUAAGACCGAGAGUGUGCGCAAGCUCCUGACCACUGAAGGAUGUAGCAAGGUUAAGACAGAGGCCCUUCAGCAGCACUCCGGUGCUGCUUCAGGAGUAGAGCCCACAGUGGUCCUCGAGGACAGGGAUCUCUGGACGCGCUUCCAAGUCCUCACCAACGAGAUGAUCGUCACCAAGUCUGGCAGACGCAUGUUCCCAGUGGUGAAGGUGAGCAUCAGCGGCCUCGACCCCUCUGCCAUGUACUCCAUCUUGCUGGAGUUCGUGCAGAUCGACAACCACAGGUGGAAGUAUGUCAACGGAGAGUGGGUGGCCGGAGGCAAGCCCGAAGUGGCACCCUCCUCGGCCGUCUACAUCCACUGCGACUCCCCCAACUUCGGAAACCACUGGAUGAAGGAGCCAGUCUCCUUCGCCAAAGUGAAGCUCACCAACAAAACUAACGGCAACGGACAGAUCAUGCUGAACAGCUUGCACAAGUACGAGCCCCGCCUCCACGUGGUGCAAGUCGGCGCCGAACAGCGCACGAUCUCCUGCCACGCCUUUCCUGAGUGCCAGUUCAUCGCCGUCACCGCCUACCAGAACGAGGAGGUAACCGCUCUUAAGAUCAAGCAUAAUCCCUUCGCCAAGGCUUUCCUCGACUCCAAGGAGCGGCCGGAUCUCCAGUCCCAGCGAGACAUUAUGGCCUCCUACCCGCAGCCCCACCACCAACAAUAUGGCUGGUACAUGGGAGGCGGAGUGUGCGGUGGAGGCGUGGCCUACGGACAGACUCCUCCUACCAUGGGUCUGGCUUCAACCCCCGCAAGCCUCUCGUCCCGCAUCGCCAUGAGGAACCAUCGCGUUGUGCCCUACACUUCCCCCACCCCCCGUGCGGCAAGGACUCCACCAGUGAACACCGUGGCUCAACAGCAAGCUGGAGUGGGAUCAUACGGACUCGCAGGACUCGCUGCUGAGUGGCGUCAGCAACCCUGGGGCCACCACCACCAGCCCUCCGUCACCGGUGCCCCUGCAACACCUGCAACCCCCGCACACUACCAGUGGGCUGGCCUGCAGGGCGGAUAUGCACACCAUCCUCACCACCAUGGCUCGGGACUGUAUCACAACUACCAGCAACCCGGAGUUGUAGGAAUGGGACUAGCCAACGCUGCCACGGGAGCUGUGCCGGCACACCCAGCUCAGCAUGCUCAGCGCUCACCCCAGGAGGCACUCACACCUAUGGGCGUCUACAGCGAUACAUCUGUUCCCCAGGGGUACACCGACAACCGUUCUUCCCCGACCUACGAUGACAGCGUCCACAGCGUUGGUGCAAACACGGGUGUUUAUGGAAGCUCAAGACUGCACGAGAGCCCUGAGCACAACAGCACCGGCGGCGGCUCCCCCCAGUCGGAGGCCUCCCCGCCCCUCAGCCACACCUCCUCCCACGCAGAUAUGUUCAUCCUCCCGGACCUGGGCUACCCCACAGGUCUAGCAGCUGCGCACAGCGACUUGGCCCGCAUCAAGGGGGAGAAUCUGACUGAUUCACUCUCCGUAUAUUCCACCUCUUCGCCCUCCGCUUACUCCACCACCUCACCGGCUGCGUACUCUACUACGUCACCAACAGCUUACUCCGCCGCGCCGCUACAUGCCUGGAGUCCUCUCUCUCCGCCAGCAUGUAUGUAAACGCGACUUGUACAUCUGUCCUGUAUCGCCUAAUCUCACUCCUGGCAUGGAACUGUUCGCACCUGCCUUCAAGGACGAGGACGCAUCUGCCCCUGCGUUACAAGGGCAGACCGGUGGUGAGCAACUGUGUCCGUCACGCUGAUGCCCAGUUAUUGUACAAAUGCGCGACGCCAGUCAUCAGUUCAGCGUUCCCAGGAGUGCCGCCCCUUAGCCUGGGGUGUUUGAUACCCCUUCGUACAUCCAGCUGUUGGCUAAAGUUCUUUCUCUGUAUAUAGUCUUCACUUGCCUCACAACUUUCUCGUUGUUCUGAUAAAUGAUUUAUGUUUUGUAUUGUGUGUAAGGAAACUAAGAAAUGAGUGAAUUCAGUGUGCCAUAUAUAUCGACUUGUAAAUAGUGUAUAUACUGAUAUUUUUGUAGUGAUAUAUUUAUGAUGUUAUCCCAGGUCAACUGUAUUUAAAUGGGACUGUGAGAUUGUAAGAUAAGUUUUAAAUGAGUCCCACACCUUCGUCCAGAAAAUAAAGUGAUAACGGAUACAC